UGGCGGAGCUAAAAUGCUACGCGAAAUUCGGAAACGCAAUACGUCUUGGAUCUUCGCAUGGUAGAUUCUCGCAUCGAUACAAUGCUUUCAGGACCAGAGCAAGAGAGGAGUCGAAGUGACGAACUGAUACCGAGAGAGCGCGGCAAUGCCCGUCGGGCGUGGUGCGUUGCCAAAAGAGUGAAGUCACUCAGAGGAUCAUGGCUUUCCAUACGCUCACGUGUCUAGCUUCCCCCCUCGCCUGUCUCCUGGCUGUCAUGAAGUUCAUAAGGGCAUCUCAGGCGGUGAUUCUAACCUCAGAAAUGAUAUAUGUGAACUGACCGAGGCCAACAGGUUGGAAAGGCGAGGUCUGUGGACCGAAAGACUUAGCUAUCGUCACAGUCCUGAUUGAGCAGAAGGAACUGGUCUCGUGGCGUCAAUACACAGCGUAAAGUGUGCAUAGCGGAAAAGAGACAUCAAGAUACGUUGGAAUCUUCCGUUGACUUUCACAAUGCAAAGAAAUCGUCCUGCAGUUUACUGUCCCUUCUUAUGGGGGAAAGACCCUUUGAGCGCUGUUGUGGAAUACUCCAGAAUGCUUUAUGCCGAGAACAGCAGUCCUAUUUUCACAAAAUAUCGUGCACUUGCCCUGCGAGCUAUUGGGUAACUGAAAUUUAUCUCGGAAGUCGCGCGUAGGAUGGGCUGGAGAUUGGAAACGUUUUGGCGUUUUCAUGAGGGAGUGGUCGUUUGACACUGGUCGACCAGAGGUAGGCAGGGGAAUUUGAGAUAUCCGUGCAGAUAUGCAUUUUCAACGACAAGAAGGCGUCAAAGAGACGGCCAUCUCUGAAGCUGAUCGAUUCUGGGGAUGAAGAUGGAUUGACCGUUUCGUGGGAUGGAACGCAGCUAAAUAUCGAGAUCAUGUGACAGCCCGAUUCGAUUUGUUUACGCGAAACAACCUUGAACGAACAACCCCACGUCCUAGACCGCCUCAAUUCAACACCUCAGGAGUCAGCAAUUACAAUGCGACGCCUGUGUUCGAGCACACGCCAGUGUAAAGCAUGUCGUCUUCAACAAGCAACAUAUCUCUGGCCAGGUCGAGGAGUCUGCGAAUACCCCCUCCCAAUCUGGUGAAAGCCGCGACGACGACAACAACAGCACCGCCUGCAGGCCCCUCGAAUAUCACUCUCUUCCUCACGAAUUUACGGCUCCUCGAUCUUGAUCUACGCCCUGACUGGCCCGAUAUCUCGGCAUUGACAUUCUCUACGAAAGAUGCCCAGCAGAACCAGAAGAAACGAAUACAGUGUGUGGAAUGGGCGCUCUUCCAGCUGUUUGCUCUGUGGGAACCGGAGGAGACAAGAAAUAAACUACAGCCGUACUUCCCUCCUCUCGAACCUCUGCAAUCACUUAAUCUACGGGCCGCUCUCUUCAGAUGUCUCGACCAGGCGAAGAAGAAUGGCGUUUUGGGACGGGACACGGUAUUGAGAAAGACAAUGCUAGACGAAUGCAAGGGUGAUAGACUGGAUGAAGUACUGGCGGUAUUUUCAAAUGCAGUCUUGAAAAAAGUCCUUCAAACCGGAGGUUCCAGCCACUUAGCGCUGGCGCAGCAGUUGGCAUUGGAAAACUUCUCGUACAGCGGAGAGCGGACGAUCCUUUCGGCAUUGAUUUUGGCACACAAGGCUUCUUUGAGCAAGUAUCUACGAGGCAAGGAGGACGCGAGGGCCAGGUACCGCGACUUUUCAGAGCUCCUCAGUCUGAAUGACCGUCGAAUUGUACGUCGACAUGAACAGUUGAAGCAGGCGAUUGAGGAGAACCAGGCAAAUGGUAGCAUGUCAAGGAUAGAUGUGUAUGCUCUACAAGAUACGGUGGAGAAGAACUGGUCGGGGAACACGGAGUGGUUGGAAACCAUACUGCACGGAGACAGUAGGACGAACACAGACGGGUUUCUGUCCACACGGUUUGACAAAAUCUGGAAGCAUGUUGAGAGUGGAAGCAUCGGCGAUGUGGAGGGCACGAAUCGAGUUGGAUUACUGGAACAGCUCGACGCUCGUGUCAAAGAUCAGGAGAAGCGGUUAGCAAGGUGGAAGGAUUUUGAAAAGACCCUUUCGAAAUCAGCUGGUCCUCCUCCGGUGAAAGCUGCAAGGAAAGCUUCUACUGAUUCAAACAAGAUCGAUCUAGGAUUCAAUCUUCACCAAAAUAUACAGAUAGGCCGAAGUAACAAGGAGAAAGCGGUGAAAACCAAUGGUGUAUCAUUGGAAGAGUAUACCCGAUUGAUCGAGAACAUGAGGACUGAGCUGGCCGACGUUAGCAAACCACAAGUACAGGCCAAGAGAGCUCCACGCCAGAGUCUGCUUCAGGAGAAAAGAAGUUCUCCAGAGGUUCAAUCUCCAAUUCAAGCUCAGGAUGAUGUACCAGACAGUAAGGAUGAUGAUUGGUCUUCCGCCAGUGACUUGGAGGACUCCCCAGAAUCUCCACAUUACGCUACCAUAUCUACAUCUCACACGCCACCAUCCGAAGUUACUCUGGAACCCCAGCCCGUGGAGCUCCCAUUGUCAUCCAAGGCAGCCAGAUCACCAGUUCCCAACUUUUCAGAAACCGUCAAAGUAAAUGCAACACCGAAACCAGCACCAAUGCCAUUCCCAAGAGGCGCCUCACCUCCAAAUGUCCGACCUAUGACGCCUCCAUCCCCAAUCAAACAAACCCCAGUCGCCGCCUCAGCUCCGAUCACAGCACCUGCACCCCCAUCUCCCGACCUCGCGUCCCAGAUCUUAAGCUCUAUCUCUGCGUCCUCCCCAUCCCCCAAGAAAUCUCGCCACACCCUCUCCCUCGCGGAACGAACCCGGCUCUCCAUGUCCCGUACCUCACACUCUCAGUACUCAGACUUGCACGACGAGUUCGAGAUCGCGGACCUACCGCGUCUAGCUAUCAAAUCGCGUCCGUCGAUGGCGCCGCACGCUCCGAGCGUAGAGUCUGAUCCUCACGCUGAUUUGAUCGAGCGGACGCGGAAGAGCAUGGCUGGGUUUGAGGCGGCGCAGAAGAAGGCGCAGGUGGAGCGGAGGAGGAGCGUGAAGGAUGCGAGGAAGAAGCAGAGGGAGUCGAGUUACUUCCCGAAAGUUGUGGAGGAGGAGAAGGAUGGACUGACGGAAGUGGGUCAGGAUACGGCUGAGCGUGCGAGCGCGGUGGAGUUGUUGGAGGGGGAUCCGGAUUAUGAGAGUGUGUUUAAGAGUCGGCCGAAGAUUGCUACGAGUCCGGCGGUGAGUCCGAGCAGGAUUUGGGAGGAGGAUGAGGAUGUUGAGGUGUGAGGUUUAAGGGUGAGGGUUUAGGGAGUGGAGCGACUUGGAUUGAGUUGAGCAGUGCUGAUAGAAUCGUGGAGAUGAUUCUUAAAAAUGGAUACUCAUUUCUUGUGUUCGACUUCUCAAUCGCAUCAAUUUGAUCAUCACAAGUGUGAGAUUCAUCCCGCCUUGCACAGCGGCGAUUAUAUCUUGCCACUUAAGACUGGUUAGUCGUACUUUCUUUGUCUCAAGGAGGGGCACACAGCGGUCAAUACUAUCUCUUGCUGUCCUUUCCUAAUCUCAACUUUAUCUGUGGAAUUGCUUCGCCAUGGCUACGCCGAAUAAAUGAUUCACUCUCUUUCAUGGCAGCAGGGAUCUGGCAUGUCCCCUUUCUUG